CAACUAACAAAUUCCAAAGGAAAAUAUUCUAAAGCGUGGCAGGCGAAAUCUCUAUUGAAUAUUUGUCCCCCAACAAAAUAGGAGUGCAAAAUUUUCGCUGUUAUACAGAAAGCCAGACCCCUACAUAUACACAUAUAUAUGGCAGCCUAUAUAUACAAUCGAGAAUCCUUUGAUUGAGUCAAGAAAAAGCAACGCGAAUGUGCGCUUUUGGUUACCUAUUGUUUUUCGCCCUAUUGUUAACCACAAUUCUGGUGCUGUCCAUCAUAUUUGCCACCACCUCGAAGCGAUCCAUGCUGGAUAGCUUCAUACUAGUAUUCAAUUACACACAAGAAGAGCAGCCAGACCAAGAAAUGCAGCAGCAGCAACAGCCCAUGGACUAUCAGCAGCAACCACAGAUGUUCUUGAAACAGAAAAUAUUAUGAGUUCUAUAAGUUAUAUAUGAAAAAAGCAACGAAAAAAGACAUAAAACGAUACAGAAAAUCAAUUGGACUCUAGUGUGCGCGAGCUAAAGAAUUUCAUAGUUGGUCAAGUGAAAUAACCACCGGUGAAUAAAUAAAUAAAAUAUUGAGUGUGUAUCUAUUAAAAACAAUAUAAAUAUUACAAUUCCAAAGAACUUUAACUAAC